GGAGCCUGAGGAGGAGGCCAGAACUGGGCAAGAACUGACCUAGGACUGAGCGAAGAGCUGAGGGGCUGACUGGUUGGCGGCCAUCGCCUAUAACAGCAACCGCAGCGGAGUCCUGUGAGGCGGGUCGCCUGACUAGGCCGCAGUAGCCAUGGCGGUAGCCUUCGGGGACCACGAAAGUGGGUUCCGCCACAACGAGGUGAUCAGGUUCAUCAACAAUGAGAUCCUCAGUAACGGCGGUGGCCCAGACUUUUACCUGGCCUUCCGCUCGCGGCCCUGGAACGAGGUGGAGGACCGGCUCCAGGCCGUCCUGUCAGACCCUCAGGUGCCCGGCCACAUCAAGAGGGCUUGCACCUGGAGCGCGCUGGCUCUGAGUGUGCGUGUGGCCGCGAGGCAGCGGGAGCAGCAGAUGCGCCGACUUCGGAGGCUGCAGGAUCAGCUGCAGGAGCGCGAGGGGGCCUCCUGGGCCCUGGCUUCGGAGCUGCAGCGGCUGCGUGAGGCGCGCGAGGAGGCUGACUCGCAGCUGCGUUUCACACAGGCGGCCCUGCAACAGGCCCUGAGCGAACGCGACGUGCUGCGCGGGAGGCUGUUCCAGGUGGAGAGAUCGGUCCAGAUCAACCCGCUACCCCAGGAGGUCGCGUCUGGGAAUCAAGCUGGGCAGAAUGGGGCCGCAGCGUGGCCCCUGAAUGCGGAGGAUCAGGGCACAAUGGUGGGCACAGGGGCACAAAGCAUGCCGUGUUCACAGGCACCAAUGACAGCCCCUGCAUCUCUGAUUUAUGUGCCAGGCCCACCGAGUCCCUGGGGCCAGGCCACACAACCCCAUCUGCCAAUGCCAGUGCCACACCCAUUCCCAUUCCACGCUCCAUUCCCAAUGGGAUUCCCGUACUCGGCACCUGUACCACCAGCAGUAGCCAUGGAAGCAGCUGCAGCAGCCCCACCUCAGAUGCCUCCUGGAGGGAUACACCCAGCUGGUAUGUGGGCUCCAGUGGGGUCGCAGGAGACGGCCCCGCUGUGGGACCAGAGGAGCUAUGGCCAGGAGCAACAUUCUGGGAACCCCCAGGGGACAUUUUCCCUGGGGGACAGCGAGGAAGAAGGUCCAGUGACGGCCCAGGUAAUGGCCCCACUGGGAGACAGCAAGAGCCCCAGCCUGGAAGAUGGUCCAGAGAAGCCUCAGGGGACAGCCCCCCUGGGGGAUAGCAAGAGCUACAGCCAGGAUGAAGGUCCAGUGAAGCCCGAAGGGAAGGCCCCCCUGGGAGACAGCAAGAGCCCCAGCCUGGAAGAUGAUCCAGAGAAGCCUCAGGGGACAGCCCCCCUGGGGGAUAGCAAGAGCUACAGCCAGGAUGAAGGUCCAGUGAAGCCCGAAGGGAAGGCCCCCCUGGGAGACAGCAAGAGCCCCAGCCUGGAAGAUGAUCCAGAGAAGCCUCAGGGGACAGCCCCCCUGGAGGAUAGCAAGAGCUACAACCAGGAUGAAGGUCCAGUGAAGCCCGAAGGGAAGGCCCCCCUGGGAGACAGCCCGACCCGCAGACAGGAAGAUGGUCCAGAGAAGCCUCAGGAGACAGCCCCCCUGGAAGAUAGCAAGAGCCUCAUGCAGGAAGAAGGUCCAGAGAAGCCUCAGGAGAUGACACCCCCGGGGGACAGCAAGAGCCCCAACCAGGUGAAAGGUCCGGAGAAGCCUCAGGGGAUGGCCACCCUGGGAGACAGCAAGAGCCACAGCCAGGAAGAUGGUUCAGAGAAGCCUCAGGGGACAGCCUCCCUAGGGGACAGCAAGAGCUACAGCCAAGAGGAAGGUCCAGAGAAGCCUCAGAAGAUGACACUCCUGGAGGACAGCAAAAGCCACAGCCAGGAAGAAGGUCUAGAGAAGCCUCAGGGUAUGGACCCCCUGGGGGACAGCAAGAGCCACAGCCAGGAGGAAGGUCCAGAGAAGCCUCAGGGUAUGGACCCCCUGGGGGACAGCAGGAGCCACAGCCAGAAGGAUGGUUCGGAGAAGCCUCUGGGGAUGGACUCUCUGGGGGACAGCAUGGGCCUCCACCUGGUGGAAGGUACAGAGAAGCCUCAGGGUAUGGACCCCCUGGGGGACAACAAGAGCUAUGGUGUGAAAGAAGGCCCAAAGAAACAGCAGCCUCAGGGGCAAAAGACCAAGCAACGAAAAGGAAAAAAAGCCUUGGAAUCGCAGCACGAGGAGAAGCCUGGCCCCAGAGGUAGUCCAGCGAAUUGGGAUUGUCCGUGGUGUAGAGCAAUGAAUUUUUCAUGGCGCACAGCCUGCUAUAAAUGCAAGAGAGUCUAUGUGCCAGGUGAGAGUGGAGGCCUUGACCCAGGACAAGCUCCUCACUGAUUUCAGAAAGGUAAGUAUGAAUGGAAACACGCUCCAAAGAGAAAUCAAUUUCCUGAGGCUCCUUUCUGAUUAAAAAAAAAAAAAAUUACUUAACAGAAAAUUUGAUAACCAAAAUUGUCAUGUAGAAAAUUAAGUAAGAUAAUCCAUUAUCCUGUUACCCAAAUUAGCCACUUUUUAUCAUUUUGGGCACCAGAAACCCAGUGCCGUCGAGUCGAUUCCAACUCAUAGCGACCCUACAGGACAGAGUAGAACUGCCCCAUAGAGUUUCCAAGGAGCGCC